UGCGCGAAGAGUUGCCUCUCAGUCGCUCACUUCAUUCCUGUUAGGUGGUUGUUGUUAGUGCUUUCGUUAUAAAAUGUAUUUAAAUGACUGAAACCAAGCGAAUCGUUAAUAAUGUAAAAAGUGCGUGUGCAGUAUUAUACGAAUAAACUGUGAUUUGCGAAAAACCGACCGAACAACCGGCUUCGAAUGUAGAAAAACCGAAAACAUAGCGUUACUGUCGUUGCACUCGUGUAAAGGAAUGGAUGGAGCACGAGUCAUAGUUCUUUGUGUGUUUAAAAACUAGAAGUGCCUUUCGGACUACAAUGAAAACACCAAGUGCAAUUAGGAAAGUUUUAUGUGUUCACGAUUGAAAUAAUUGAGAUAAUCGCGUCGUUAUCGGAAAUAAUAGUGUGAUAAUUCGGCAAAAUGGGCUGUAUAAAACUGUUGUUAUGUUUGUGCCUUUAUUGUUUAUAUACAGGGAGUGCUCAAGAACUCGACACACAUAGUGAGGUUGACAAUAAUAUAAUAUCGGGCAAAAACCAACGUUUGGAACUUAACCAAAACCAGAAACCUAUGUUUAGGGACUGUGCUGUGUACGCUCCAGAAGUGAAAGAAGAAGAACCGGGGGAUACAUUCGUUAUAAAAGUUCAAGCUCACGACGACGAUCCCGCAGAUAAAGAAGGCGGGAGAAUUACUUAUCGCAUUGAAGAGCAAGAAGGAAAACGUAAAAAUUUUCGAAUCAACGAGGCUACCGGAGAGAUUUAUACAACUCUCCCCUUUGAUAGAGAUGAACCAACGAGACAAAAAGAACUGUAUUUGACGGUCAGUGCUAGUGACGAUGGGCGACCUCAGUUGGCUGAUAUUUGUACUUUCAAAAUUAGCAUUACUGACAUUAAUGACAACGUUCCCAGCUUUGACCAGACAGAAUAUGCAACGAAAGUAUCAGAGGAUCACCCGGAAAACACUGAAGUCUCUCGAGUUUUUGCCUAUGAUUCAGACGAAGGUGAGAACGCCAGAUUAACAUACAGUUUCGUCAGCAGCGGUAGUGGCAACACUGGUGCGUUAGAAGAGUAUUUUCGAAUUGAUCCCGACACUGGAGUUAUUUAUCUGAAGAAAAGUUUAAAAGGGCAACGUGGUAUUAAAUAUAGUACAUCAGUCGCAGUUCAUGAUAAUGGUCAGGAACCAAAAGGCGCCACCGCCGACGUUUCUUUUACAGUUGUAGAUUCCGAUAAAAAAGCCCCUACGAUAAAAGUAAAUGACAUCCAACAACGAAUUAAGUUGAGAGAAGACGAAAACGACUUUGAAAAGCACCUGGUGAACAUCACAGCAGAGUCAAAUAUCAAUGACAAAGAUAUCAUUUUUGAAUUAGUAAAAGGAAAAACGACUCAAACUAACAAAGAUCAAAAUUUUGUGUUGAGUCCCACGGGAAGUAAUUCCGCCGCGAUUUUAUUAGCACGACCUUUGGAUUACGAAACCGUCACUGAGUAUAAAUUGACAGUUCGCGCUCAAAACAAAGACUUGUUAUUUGCAACCGUGGAGAUCAUCGUCGAAGUCGAAGACGUAAACGAUGAAAUUCCAUAUUUCAUCGAAAUAUUGAAAGGUAGUAUUGUCGAAAAUAACGACAUCGGAGCACCAGCGAUGACAGUUCGAGCGAUUGAUAAAGACGGAACGUCACCGAAUAACCUUGUUGAAUAUGAGUUAAUUACGUACAACGAUUUAUUUAGUAUAAAUAAAGCUACUGGCGAAAUAAAAGCGAAAGCAACUUUCGAUAGAGAACAAGAAAAGAUUUAUCACGUAUUAGUACAAGCGCGAGAUUCGGCUCCUAGCGCUCUUUUCCGUGACAAAAAUAAGACAAACUCCGCCAAUCAGACGUUUCCGAUUAGUAUAGAAGACCAAAACGACAACCAACCUAAGUUUGAACAUAGUUUAUACACAGUCUUUAAUAUUUCGGAAACGGCUGAUGUACAGAAAGACGUUGUAGAGGUUAAAGCAAGAGACAGCGAUACCGCUUCUCUGAUAAAGUACAGUAUAAUCGAAGGCAACAUUGAUGACGCUUUUAACAUCGAAGAAAUCACGGGAAGGAUAAAAGUUAAUAAAAAACUUGAUUUUGAGAAGAUCGAAAGUUACGAGCUGACGGUUAGAGCUUACGACGGAGCGUUCAGUGACGAAGCGAAAGUUAUUAUUGAGAUAUUAAACGAAAAUGAUGAACUGCCUGUGUUUGAACCCUACGAGAAAAAUAUUGAUUUUGAAGAAGAAAAAGUUAGUCCGGAAUGUAUAAUCAAACUGAAAGCUUACGAUCCGGAUAUCAAGAAUAGAACAAUCGACCAGAAAAUUGUCUAUAAAGUAGGCGACCAGUAUAAGACGUUUCUUUCAGUAACUCCUGAUACUGGCUGCGUGACGAUUAUCAAUAAACUGGAUCGAGACCCACCAACGGGAUCACCUUCUUAUCAGGCAUUUAUUUAUGCGUAUGAUAAUAGCGGAGGGCCAAAUGCGUUAUCAAGCUACGCAGAACUUAAUAUAAUUUUGACAGAUAUUAAUGACAACGCCCCCUUUUUGAGUAAAACUGAAGUUGUGUGGUAUGAAAAUGAACCGCCAGGUUCCAUUUUAAUGUUAACAGCUAUCGACAAUGAUGGUCCUAGCAACGGUGAACCAUUUACAUUCGAAAUAGCAAGUUCGCGAUAUGAUCUUUUUGAAAAGUUUUCAAUUAAGGGAGAUGAAUUACGGGCAGAAGCCACGUUUGAUAGAGAAGAGAAAAAAUAUUACGAUAUUCCUAUUGUUAUAACUGACAGUGGUAAACCACCAAAAUCUGGUACUAGUAUUCUGAAGGUAAUAAUCGGGGAUCGGAAUGAUAACGCCGCUCAAGAUGGAUCCAGUGAAAUAUUCGUGUAUAAAUAUGAGGGUUUUAAAACAGAUACCGCGAUAGGAAGAGUAUAUGUCACUGAUCCCGAUGACUGGGAUUUACCUGACAAAAUUUUUCAAGCUGCUAAACCAAGCGAUAAUUUUAACGUAUUAAACAACGGAACUAUCAUAAUGCCUAAAAGUACUGCGCCCAAUGUGUACCAACUCAAAUUCGUAGUAACCGAAAACUUACCCAAUGGUACUUCACACAGAGUAAAUGCUGAUGUUAAAGUUACCGUUAAAGAUAUACCGGAGAUAGCAGUCCGCAAAUCCGGCUCAAUACGACUUAAAGGAGCAACCAUUGAAGAAUUUAUUGAAAAGGAUCCCAACACUCAGUUGAGUAAAAAAGACAAACUCCAAGAUCACAUUUCCAAAAUCUUAAACACAUCUUUGGAAAACGUAGACGUCUUCACGGUCAUGACAUCACCUUCAAAUAGUUCUUUCGUCGAUGUGCGCUUCUCCGCACACGGUUCGCCAUACUAUGCACCUGAAAAACUGAACAACAAAGCGACAGAGCAGCAGGAAAAGUUGGAAAAAGAGCUCGGUGUUGAAUUUUUGAUGAUUAACAUCAAUGAAUGUUUCCGAGAUAAUGUGUGCCCUGUGAAUAGUUCGUGUGCGAAUGUCUUAAAUAUUAAAGACGAACCUGCAGUCGUUUUCACAAAUAAGACAUCCUUCGUUGGCGUUAAAGCUGUAGCUGAAGCUUUAUGUGAAUGUAAGAAGCGUAUCGAAACGGAGUGUUUCAACGGAGGUACACCUAUUGAAAAUGGAAAGUGCAAUUGUCCAGAUGGAACAGAAGGACCUAACUGUGAAAUAUAUGGUAUAUCGUUUCCGGGGAAUGGUUGGGCAAUGUACCCCACGUUUGAUUCGUGUGCUAAUACAGUUAUAUCUUUGAAUGUUCUACCACAAACAGAUGAUGGGUUGAUAUUUUAUGUUGGUCCUUUAACGAAACGACACACGGCAAUAUCAAAAGGUUUUAUUUCUGUGGAGCUGAAAGGUGGACUUGUUGUUCUUAAAAUCGAUUUGGGCAACGGCGUCGAUGAAGUGGUUUCAGAUUAUAAGAAGAUCAACGAUGGUGCCAUGCAUAAGAUCAAGAUCAACUAUACCACAAAUGACGUACAGUUAGAAGUAGAUGACUGUCCAAGCGACUGUUUGCGGUGGAAAAACCUUCGACAAACUGGUUUGUUGAAAUUAAACGGACCAUUACAGGUCGGAGGUCGUUCAAAUAUUUUCUCCGCCGAAGAAACUAAGAUCGUAUGGGAAAAUCCUCCGUCGAGUCAAGGUUUCAGAGGUUGUAUCACCAACUUCACUUACAAUUCUUACGUUUAUAAUCUCGGCACACCUUCCGAUAAGCUAAACGCUCAUGAGGGAACUUGCAAUUCUGCAACAUUCCAGGCAGCUACUUUUGGCAUCGAUUCCAAUUUCUUGAUCGCGAUUUUAGUAUGUCUUGCCAUUUUGUUAAUUCUACUAUUGGCGGUGGUUGUUCACAAGAGGAAGCAAGAUAACUUGAACGAAAAAGAUAUGGAUGACACGAGAGAGAACAUAAUUAACUAUGAAGAUGAAGGUGGCGGCGAAUGCGAUACCAAUUUCGAUUUGUCGGUAUUGCGCAACAACAUCGACGAGAAGCCACCAAUGAAAGAUAAUUUGUACAAGCAAGCCGGAGAUGUGCCUGCCGACAUUGGUGGUUUCUUGGAAGAUAAGAAACGUUCGUGUGAUAAAGACACUUUGCCGUACGAUGAUGUUCGCCAUUAUGCUUACGAGGGAGAUGGAAAUAGCUCAGGUUCUCUCUCAUCGCUCGCUUCGUGCACCGAUGAGGGUGAUUUGAAGUUCAAUUACUUGUCAAACUUCGGUCCUCGCUUCCGUAAGCUGGCGGAUAUGUACGGAGAUGAUGCUAGUGAAGAAGGUAGCCAAAAUGAGGAAUCUUGGUGCUAAAUAUAACGUUAUUGUGACAAUUUGUACUUACUUAAUUGUGUUUGACCAAAGAAAAAUAUUUUUGGAUGGAAACUAUUGUGAAAACAAUACUGUUAUUGAAUUCUGGCAGCUGAAAUAUGUGUUAGCAUUUUUCAACGUAACGAACUAGAUUUAGACUUUUUAUAUUGUGAUUUAAUAUGUAAUAGGUGGCUUUUAAGCUAGUUUCAAAUAUUGCGAGAUCGUUGUAAUAGUUAGUUAUUUUUUAUUAUUAUUUAAUAUCAGUUGGUUUUGUACAUGUGGUGACUACAUUAAUUAAUUCUACGCCAAGUAGGACUUUUAUAAUGAUUCCGUCAUUGUAUAAUUUCAUCUGGCUUUAGUUUGAUGUGAAUGAAUGAUCCUGUAUAAAUGAAACUACUUUUGAUGCUGGCUGCUAUUGGGCAGGAUGUGACAUAUAGAACAAAAUUAGGCUGACAAUAUCGUCGUACGUGUUAAUGUCUUUAUAUAGCAUAGUCAAGUUUUUUAAAGUAAUCAUAAUUUUUGUUAAGCUGGGCACAAAAACUUGUAACUUAGUACAAAAAUAUUUCAAGUUACAAUUUUUGCUAGGGUGCUUCUUAUGAAGUGAUGUGCCUUUUUAGGUGUAACGUAAAUUGAUGCAACUAUUUUUACAUUGAACAAUUGACGUCCUCAAAUGCCAUCUACACUUCCAAUGUUGUGAUGAACGAAAGUACAGAAUUUAACAUGGCAACAUAUUUAGUACUUAAAGUGACUUACUGUGCUUGACCAAAGAUAACAACAUUUUUUGGAGGAACUGAUGUGUAAAUAUUUCAGACUGAAAUUUGUAUUAAAGUUCAUAAAAUCGCCAUCAGUAUAUCGAAGGCAUUUAUCUAUUGUUAAUAUUUAUUUUAUGUAAGUGAGCGCGAAGUGUAUAUCUAACCAUAUAGACUGGUUAAGAAGCCCUUUUAUCAGCUCUGACCACUCUGUGUGCCACAUUUGUAUAUUUUUUAUAUAGAAUAACGUUAGAGGUAAUAUUUUGUAUUAGGUUUUUAUGCAAUUCAGAGUACAUUCCUUUUUUAUUUGUGAUUAUAUUUUAUUUUCUAUUCAGGUCAUAAGCGUUAUUAAAUUGAUCUCGUUCGGUCGUUAGUAUUUUCAAAAAUUUUUAGAAAUAAUCAAGUAUUAUAUUGUAUUCUAAAGUUGUUAGUUUUUAUUAUUGAUUAUAUGCUUUGCUGAAUAAUGCACAUAGUUUUGUGCCUUUUAUUCUAAUAAUAAAAAAUUAGUGUUUUUUCUAAGUAUUUUUAUAUCUGAGAGAAAUGUUGCUCACUGCCGUUUACAGUUGUAAUAAAGAUAUAUUGUGUAAUAAUAAAGCUUAUUAGGAUCAGAA